AUGGCGGGAAGACGAUCGACGGGGCGGCGCGCAAACACGGGGAACGAUGGUGAAGGUCGAGAUCAAGCCGCAUGCAACAAGCGCCGGGCGCUUACCGGCUUCCGCCCCGCGCCGCCGGUCGUCGGCAAUUGCCGACCGCUCUUCCCCCGCCGCGCCUUCUGCGUUCUGCACUCAUCGCCGUCGCCCCCCGCAGUUCUGACGACGGCCCCCGCGUCCUUGAGCAUACACCUCAGCAUCCCAGACGAGUGGAAUGGACAGCACACCGGGAUCUCUCGGAACUCCUCAUACCACGCGCUACGGCACCUAUCCCCCAUUACCCCCAGCACCCACGAUGGGUCCAGACACGUCCCGAAUACGCCCUCGAUGUAUUGUCAAAGCACUGCGCUGCGUCGAUCAGCAGGGAACGCGUCCUCCCUUAUCGUGUCUGAAGGUCGAUGUGGGAUGUAUGCACAACCGAUCCGGUUACCCUCAGUAGGUGACCACUUUGGCGGAGUUGCGCCGCUGUUUGGCGACCGCGCGAGGUCAGUAGGACGUCGGGAAGGUGGUUUGGAAUAUGUGGCGUCGUUUUUGAAUCUUGAUAUUGAAGUAGUAUACACGUAUCUCAGGGAGUUUGGGAAGCCCCAGGGCAAUCCCGCACUCACAAUACACGACCGCCUCUUCCUCAACCUACAUAUUCCCCGUCACCUGCGCGUUCAAUACCGACGACAACGACACAUGGAUGCGGCGGAAGAUUGCAUGCGCGCACUCCGCGCCCCUCCCCCCAAUCUUCCGACUUUCCGCUGGACGGGUCUCGGUCGCGGACCGCCGAGGUCUGAUCCGGAAAUAUUCAACGCCGGUCUGGAAGUUUGGGCGGCACUGGACGCGGCGUUGGGCCGCUCGCGAAGUAUAAAGGGUCUUGGUAUUUACUCGUUUUGCAUUGCUUCACUACUACGACCUGCUGUUCCCCCUUUCUUCGAACGCGCAUCAUCAAUCGACACCAAACGCACUAACGACUUUCUACGUUUUUCUGCUAUAGUACUACUCGCCGCCGUCCCGCCCGUGCCUAUCGGGCCAUCACGCCGGCCCCCACUAUCCGCGACGGUCACCUUUCUCCUCGCCGUCAUCGUCGUAAGCAUUUUGCUCGCCUCGACGCGCACGCAGAAGGCUCGCCGUUGGAAGUCGGUCUGCUCUGUGACCAGGCACUCCCGCCCCCUUCACUGCGCAUCCAGCACUCGCAGUGCGGUUCUGAGAGACCCGUCGACGCCGUUCGGGCAGAAGCGGGGCACUACACGGUCGUCGACGACAUCGAGGCACCCACAUUUUGACCUCACCCGGGCUGCGCAAGAGUACGACGGGGAGCCUCUGACGACACACGAGCGCUCUCGGCAUCGACGGCGAGCGCACCGCUCGCGUCACCACCUCUCGUCAUUCCCCCACUUCCACGUCGACGCGGCGGCCGGCCUCGACCCUCGCCGUCACCGACCCCAGCGAUUCAGGCCACCCCCACCCCCCACCUUCCGUCCAGGCCCUUUCUUUGGGGUUAUUUUUACGGCAUGCGACGAUCCGGGAGGGUUCUUUGCGCCGAGCCUUUUGGGAAGAAAAGGUGCCCUAUCGGGUUUGGGGGGUGAAGGGGGACUGCGAAAUGUCGUCCGUUUCCGAGACGCUCGAGGCACGCGCGAGUUCCCUCCGAGAAGGCUGAUGAUGGAGGGGGGCUCUCUGCGACGAGAAAGGGAGAAGGGGGGAUAUUCAUGCGCUCCUAUGGAUUUCCUCGGUGACCCCCGUCGUUGGAUGUGUGCACGCGCCCUCUCGUGCAAGAUUUACGACGGGGGAAGGGUAUUUCCCCGUUUUUUGGCGAAGGAGGAAGGUGGGGAUGCCCUUACUCGUCGAGAGGCCGAGCCGCCGGAGGCGCGCGUGCGCUUCCUCGGCGAACGAUGCGACGGGGGAGGGGUCUCCCCCACCCCUUUUUGGGGAAAGGGACUGGUGCAGGCGCUUCCCACGACGGGAGGGGGGGGCGAAAUGUCGCCGCUAGAGGUACGCACUCGCACCCUCGGGCGAGGGGGUGACCUGCACACGCAAGAGGGGGUGGCCAUAUUCGUCGAACCGCCGAAGGCAUACGCGCGCUUCCUCGGGUGA